AUGGUUCACCCUCAGGACGUUGUUCAAAUUCGUCUACAAGGCGAUGUUUAUUCUAGUAUGGAACCGGAUAUGUUCAGCCCUACAAUCCAUUCUGCAACACCCUAUUACAUAGACGCCCCAGUGGGUACCGAAUCCGUUUGUAGCGCGACAACCUACACCGGUGGUGGGAUGGUUACUUUUGACGACGAAAUCGUUUCCUCCGGAUUGAGCACCAGUGAGCUUAUCCAACUUUUGGGUGGUAGCCAAGCCAUAGCUCAACUGUCAGACAGUCAAUUGGAGGAACUUGGUCGAGCUCAAUUUACUAUUGUUGAUCCAAGAAUAGAUAACGAAAUGGCUAACUGUCCACUUUCGUUAUCCGUCGAGGAGGACGAUCGUCCUUUGGACGAACCCGAGAUACUCCGGGUCACUCAUGCGAAAAGCCUGGAGCGUGUAUAUGUCUUAUCAGUCCCUGCGUGUGGUUACACCAGCAUCAACGCGUUGGAUCUGGCACGGUGUGCUAAUCUGCGUGAACUGGAUGUCUCAGAGAAUGCUUUGCGAGUGUUUCCACGGCGCCUUCACUUGCCACGUUUGCGACAACUCAGCUUGACGGGCAAUCGGUUUAUACAUUUGCCAUUGAUACAACAGUUUCCCCGGCUAGUCCGUUUGACCAUUGAUGAAAAGCUUAGACAACUUCUGAAUCCCCAAAUGCUGGCCUACUUUUGCCCCAAGCUAAGGUUGAUAAAUGGUCAGUAUUUCGAAGAAGUCCCCACAGAUUUCACCAUCCGCGUCAUUCAAGAGGCUAAAGUCAUUGCAGAGCCCCACAUUCGUUCAAAAUGGGAAUCUGACUUCGCUGAUCAUUUUCACUCCGUACGGAGCCGAGCAGAACGUUUGCAGCUCAUUGAACACCUGGUUCAAUAUCUUCGGGAACGCAAUUUGUUACUGGAUGAAUCGCUUAGCAAGUAUAAAGACCUCAUGUUUUUCCGGUUCGUCGAUGACUACCUUCGCUCUAAGUUCUACGACACGACUGACGCGGAUCUCCUGGCCGACAUUACCGCAGCACAUGGUAGACACACCAAAUCUCUGUUCCCGCCCGACGAAGGUGUUGACUUCACUCCGGAAGAGCUGUUGGCUGAACCUGCGAUGUCCGAUUACGAGCAACAACCUAUUCGCGAAACUCGACGAUCUAUGUCUUCAUCCAUCGAGACCGAGCCGGAUGAUAUUGACGAUGAUGAAGUCGAGCGUCAACUGGAAGCCCGUAUCGCAACCGAGCGCGCCUUAUUCGAAUCCACAGACGAAUUACUGGGGGUGAAUUUGCCGGAUUCUGUCCAUUUGGCGCAACUCACUGGUCAAGUCCAGACGACUCUUGUCAUGGAUCCCAUGGGUCGGCUGCAUCAGCAGCACAUGUUCGUUUCGCCUGGCUAUCCUUCCGGUGGUGGUGCGGCAUUUCAGCUGAAUCAGUUGCAUUUGGCUCGUUCUCUCCGGCAAGGCCGUUCCAUCGUCAUGACCGUGAUACGUCCACGGGGAGUGAGCGGUCGCCCAGUCGCCGAGUUCCUUCCUGGUGAAUUGCGCAACAAGGACUAUGUCAAAGGGUAUAUGGCGUCGGAGAUCUACAAAAAAGCCGUCAAAGACACCUUGGGACAGAAAGCUACACCUAGGAAGCGCCCAGCUCCUGGUCGUCCACGUAAGACAGACCCCACUUGGCCGAGUUCUCCAGCUUCUGUCUCUGCCGCCUCACUGAUCGAAAUGGGUUCGGAUGACGGCUCGGUGAAAAAAUCCGGCCCUACCAUAAGCAGAACCUCCGCUGCCAAAACCAUGCGAAACGAAUACCACUCGAUGGAAGACCAACUUCAAGGCGAUCCUGGCGGCGGGGGUACAAACUUGCCUCCUCGACCGAAAAAGCGUAAACCCAUGGGAACCCACAGGAGUCUCCGGGAUCUAUGCUCCGAGUCUUCUUCAUUCGGUCCGGAUUUGUUUGCCGCAGGAAGCUUCGGUGGCGGUGGUGGCCCCAGGUCAGAUGCCACUCCGAUUGAUUACGACCCCCUUCACUUCAUCCGCUGUCACGCCAAAGACAAUGACGCUGGCGACAGCGAGACGAAAGUUUGGCGUUGUCUGUUCGAACCGAAUCCGUUGCGUCCGGAAGAGACAACGCAUGUGGUGGCCACCUGCGGAGGAGAGUGUGUCUGCUUAAUCAAUUGUGAGACCGGGAAGGUGAUGAAGCGAUUCAAACACAUGGAGGAGGAAUUCUACACCAUUGCAUGGACCACUGUGGAAGUGGAAAGUGGCAAAUGCACCAACAUCCUCGCGGCCGCGGGCCGCAUGCGUGAAAUCCGACUGCUUCAUCCCGAACAGCUGGUUUGCUACGCUGAGAUGAAAGGACACACAGAAGAUGUGACAGCCAUGAUUUUCCAUCAGACUCAAUCCACCAUAUUGUUCAGCGGUGACUCUAAAGCCUCAGUGCUUGUCUGGGAUAUCGGUGUUCCCUCGGUGCCUGACUACAAGACACGCUAUCAAUUGCUGAUGCGGUUGCGUUGCCCUCGUUUGGAUGUCAAUCCCGUACUAAACUUGGUCUUCCUACCGCACUAUGCUUAUCUGAUCGCCGGGUGCGAGGACGGCUUGUUCGCUUGGAAGAUAACCGAUCUACGUUUGGAGAAACGUGAACGCGAACCGGACAUGGAGCUUAAAUUGGAUUUUGAUCACGAAGUGUGCAUCGAUGCGCUCGCGCAACUCAGUGACAACGCUUUGGUGAUCAAAGUUGUAGAGUCCGGAGAAAUCAUGGUGUUCGACUUCGCUUCGGUGCUUGAGCGGCGCAAGGGCCUUCAGCGUAUUGUGCCAAUCGAAAUGCGCGGCCACUUGCUCUGGCAGAAGACGGAUGAAAUUUACAUCAACGUAUCUGUUCGGCAGAAUCUCGGUGCAGUGUUGUGUGGGGACAAUGAGGGUUCUAUUUGGAUCUACGAUUUGGAUCCCUUCUUGGACGAUCUUCAUGCAUCGAGCCGCAAAAAUUUUCACGUCAAACCCAUCAAGAUUCUCGAAUGGCCUGAGUGCUCUGUCCAAGGAAAUCGAGACGAAGAUCAACAACUGAAGGAAAGCAUCACCUCCGGAUUUCGCAACCCAGUGGUCAAUUCGGUGGAGAUGAGCUCCGAUGGCUACUACCUGGCCGCUGUAACAGAUAACAAUUUGGUUUGUAUUUGGCGUUACGCUCCGCCACAACCGUACCUCCAGGUGCCAGUCCAAAUGGUUCCACAAUCGCAGCAACAGCAUGGCCUGCAGAACGCAGCCGUUCGUCUCGUAAGCACCACCGCCACCACUACCACAGCUGCAGCGGCUGCGAUGGCGAACGGCACCAGUACUACCAUCAUUUCGGACACUUGUCUAGAUUCCGUGCUCGGUGUAUUGCCAGGUGCCUCAAUGGCCUCGCAUGAUAUGGACCCAAACACACUGUAACAUUUACGCGCCACAGGACAACUUAUUAGUUGGCCGCGCCCCGUCUCACAUCCCCUUCCCAACUGGGCGUAUAGUAUUUCAAUCGAUUUUAUUCUCUGUACAGCUCUUUACACCGGUAAAUAUUUUCAUUCGUUUUUCAGAUGCACUUCGUCCACCUCAUCAUCUCGCUCUAUACUCCCCAACUCCCUUCAGUUUACUCCGAUUUUUUCUGCAAUCGUGUUUCCCACUCAUUUCGUAAUCUGUGUCUACUACGUUUGAUGUUUUCUGCCUCUGCAUAUACCUUGUUGGUGAUGUCUGCUCACUUCUCUCUCGUGGCAUCCCGCUGUUGUUUGCUCUACACAUUAGGUAUAUUCCAUCCAUUCAUCAGUUUGUGGUAAUCUUUCGUUGGUCUUUACAUCUUUGUCUUCUCUUGGCCCCUUGCCGGAUCUACUAACAACAUACUAAUGCUCCAUGCCGAUACUUUGCUACCAUGU